AUGGCUUCGAGGCUCGACCGACUGGUCACUAUCCUGGAAACGGGGAGCACCCGACUGAUCCGGGACACGGCCGUGAACCAGCUCGCCGACUGGCAGAAACAACAUCCAGAUGAGCUCUUCAACCUACUCUCCAGAGCCAUUGGCAAAAUCGUGGAGAACGCCCCCCUCUAUGAUCCCAACUCAGAGGAGGCGGCGAGCGAGCUCAAGAGCGAGCCCCUUGCAGAAAAUGGCCAUGUCAAGAAGGAGGAGACUGACAAAGAACCGAGUCUCGGGGAUCACGAGUACUUCAAAUUCGAGUCUCUCAAUGUCGAUGCUAUUCUCAAAUAUGGCCGUGAACUGUUGCGAGGCGGUGGCAUCGAAUACAACCUGGCCGCCCUGAGCCCCCAGGCUCGCCUCGCACAUCAGAGGAAGACGCUAACGGGACGCCUGGGCUUGCUUGGGCGCAAGUUCGAGGACGACGAGAUGCCAAUCGUGGCCGACGGCCUCGCCACGCCCAUGACCCCUCUUGAUGCACCUGGCAGCAACGGCUUUGGUCGUAGUGACAGCAUCCCAGGCCCGGGCUUGUCAUCCGAGGACUCGCAGCUGAGUUCUAGACAACUCAACGUCUUGAAGCGAAAGCGCAAGAGAGAGGCAAUGAGGGCAUCCCAGGGCAGAGGCGGCUUUGGCGAUCUUUCUGUUCGACGAUCGGCGACGGCGGGUCACGAGGGCCUUGGCGACGAAACCCCAGCCGCCGAUGGCGAUUCGAAAAAGAAUGGCAAGGUCAACGAUUAUUUCAGCCUCGAUCGCCCCGCCGAUGUCGACGAAGACUCCAAAGUCGUCAGCGAGUUCAAGGGCCCGGACAUUCCCAUCAAGUCGGAGCUGGAAGCCGAAGAGACCAUGGAGGGCUGCGAAUGGCCCUACGAACGGCUCUGCGACUUUCUUAAAAUUGACCUGUUCGAUCCGUCCUGGGAAACUCGUCAUGGGGCUGCCAUGGGGUUGAGGGAAGUGAUCCGGGCCCAUGGCGGAGGUGCGGGAAGGAUGCACGGCAAGCAUAGGAAAGACAAUGACGGGCUGAAUCGCGCAUGGCUCGACGACCUCGCCUGCCGCCUCUGCUGUGUCCUCAUGCUGGACCGCUUCACCGACUACAGCUCCGACACAUCGAUUGCUCCCAUCAGGGAGACCGUCGGCCAAACGUUGGGGUCCGCUCUGAAGCACGUCACUCCGAGCUCCGUCUACGACAUUUAUCAGGUCCUGUACCGAAUGGUCAUGCAAGAAGACCUGGAGCUUGAGCGGCCCAUCUGGGCUGUCUGCCAUGGCGGCAUGGUCGGCUUGAGAUAUGUCGUGGCGAUCCGGAAAGACCUGCUCCUGCAAGAUGGCGAUAUGAUUGAUGGCAUUAUCAGGGCUGUCAUGAAGGGUCUAGGAGACAUGGACGACGAUGUUCGCUCAGUGAGCGCAGCCACUCUCAUCCCAAUGGCCAAGGAAUUCGUCAUGAUGCGGCCAGCCGCUCUGGAAGCACUCACCAACAUCGUUUGGGAAAGUCUCUCCAACUUGGGCGAUGACUUGAGCGCAAGCACGGGGCGUAUCAUGGAUCUCCUCGCCACGCUAUGCGGCUUUCCCGAGGUGCUGGAGGCUAUGAAAACAUCUGCAGCGCAGGACGAGGAACGCUCCUUUACUCUUCUCGUGCCGCGUCUCUACCCUUUCCUGCGACACACAAUCACGUCUGUCCGCCUCGCCGUCUUGAAGGCGCUGCUCACCUUUGCCAACCUCGGCGCUGAAACGUCCCAAGGCUGGCUCAAUGGGAGGAUCCUCAGACUCAUUUUUCAGAACAUUCUGGUGGAGAGAGACCAGGAGACGCUGAACAUGUCGCUGGAGCUGUGGGAUGCGCUUGUUUGCUGCCUGGCAAAGGCCCCGGCGGUACUCGCAGACGAGUUCUCGCCACACACGGACGCGCUGAUGCAACUUACGCUGCAUCCAAUCGGCGUCUCGAGGAAUCCCAUCCCCAUGAACGCCACUUUGUUCCAGAAACCAUCUGGAGGCACCUACACAAACGCCACUUCCCUGCAACCGUCCAGCCGGCGCAUGUCGUCGCCCGAUGGCUCAGACAGAGCUCCGAAACGGCGCCGCAAGUCCACCAAGCCGGCCGCCGAUGAACCCGUCUCUACCGGCCUCACCCACGACGUCGACGGCCACAUGAUGCAAGGGGACGUCGACCUUGUUGGGAUCGAAGUACUGAUCCGGUCGCGAGUGUCUGCCGCCAAGGCCAUGGGCCGCGUCAUGUCCCUGGUGCCAGCCGCAAACCUCGACGACUACGAUGCGGUGCUCGUUCCGGGUUUGACAUCUGCAUUCGCCUCUACGCAGCUCACGGCCUGCCUGGUAGUCGACGAGUAUGCACAGAACCGCGGCGCAUCCGAGGACACCACUAGAUACAGAGACCAUCUGCAGCGCAUGGUGGAAUCGAACCGGCCCUCGGCGUACAGGGAUUUGGCCAAUUCCGUUCAACGCGUCAGAACGUCGUGCCAGCAACUCGUCCAUCUGUUCCGCGACCACGGCAAGGUGUCGCAAAGCAAGUUGCCGGUACUCCCCGUGGUGGUGCAAGGCGAGCCAGAGGCUGGCCCUGGUGCCUUUUCAAUCUCGACGGCCGAGAAGUGCGUGGGGGAUGACUACGAGAGGCUUAAGAAGCUUAUGCCUCCAGGCCAGCGCUUGAUUGCGAGCCAGCAGCUUGCUGAAGCCCGCGAUGUGGCCGUCUCCGUCAUUGAGGAGGCCAAGGCCGCUAAGGACGCGCGCGACGUGAGAAUCAGGGCCGGCGCAGCCUGCGCAUUGGUCGCUAUGAAGCUUCUGCCAAAGAAACCCAGCCCCCUCAUCAAGGGCGUGAUGGACUCCGUCAAGGCCGAGGAGAGCCAGCAAUUGCAGAGUCGAUCGUCGGGAACCAUUGCCAGACUUGUUCAGCUUUUCACCGAAAAGGGAAGGAAAGGGCCUGCCGACAAGGUGGUCGCCAACCUGGUCAAGUUUUCUUGCGUCGAAGUUGCCGAGACGCCCGAGUUUCCCGUCCACGCCAGCAAGACAAGCUGCAUUCUCUCCAUGCAAAAGGAAGAGGACAGGGUGGACCAUCCAGACGCCGCCAAAUGGGCAAAGGAGGCCAAGGCCGCCCGCAUCACUCGACGAGGCGCCAAAGAAGCUCUCGAGAUCCUCGCCAAGACUUACGGCGCCGAGCUUCUCGACACCGUACCGAGCUUGCGGGCGUACAUGGAGGGACCUUUGGUCAAAGCCUUUUCUGAGGACUUGCCGGCCGAGGCUAAGGAUCCUGAGAACCUGCUCGGACAGGAGAUUGUUGACGCCAUGUCCGUCAUCCGCACAAUGGCGCCGACUUUGGACAAGGCCUUGCACCCGUUCGUCAUGCAAAUGCUGCCGCUCGUCAUCAAGGCCUUGCACUCGGAGCUCUCGGUGUUCCGGUACAUGGCGGCGAAGUGCCUGGCGACCAUCUGCAGUGUCAUCACCGUCGAGGGCAUGACGGCCCUGGUCGAGAAGGUCCUCCCAUCCAUCAGCAACCCUCUGGACCCCAACUACCGUCAAGGCGUGAUCGAGGCCAUUUAUCACUUGAUUGCGGUCAUGGGCGACGCCAUCUUGCCCUACGUAAUCUUCCUCAUCGUCCCCGUGCUCGGCCGAAUGAGCGACUCGGACAACGAGAUCCGCCUUAUUGCAACAACAUCUUUUGCGACCCUGGUGAAGCUGGUGCCCCUCGAAGCCGGCAUCCCCGACCCUCCCGGUCUGUCACAGGAGCUUCUUCGGGGGCGCGACCGGGAACGGACCUUCAUCGCCCAACUCCUCGACCCGAAGAAGGUUGAGCCGUUCCAUAUUCCCGUCGCAAUCAAGGCUGAGCUACGCUCGUACCAACAAGAAGGUGUCAACUGGCUUCAUUUCCUCAACAAGUAUCAUCUCCAUGGCAUUCUUUGCGAUGACAUGGGUCUUGGCAAGACUCUUCAGACCAUCUGCAUCGUCGCCAGCGAUCACCACCAACGGCAGGAGGAGUUUGCCAGGACACAGGCGCCAGACGCGCGGCGGCUCCCGUCGCUCAUUGUCUGCCCCCCAACACUCUCCGGACAUUGGCAACAAGAGAUCAAGACGUACGCUCCCUUCCUCAGCGUCACCGCGUACGUGGGGCCACCGCUGGAGAGGAAGGCGAUGACGCAUCAGCUUGGGCAGACAGACAUUGUGGUGACAUCAUACGACGUUUGUAGAAACGACGCAGAUAUUUUGGAAAAACACAACUGGAAUUACAUGGUGCUCGACGAGGGCCAUUUAAUCAAGAACCCGAAGGCCAAGAUCACCCAGUCAAACAACGUCCUGGAACUCUGGUCGCUAUUUGACUUCCUCAUGCCCGGCUUCCUGGGAGCAGAAAAGGUCUUCCUGGACCGCUUUGCGAAACCGAUUGCGGCUAGCCGCUACAGCAAGGCAUCGACCAAGGAGCAAGAGGCGGGGGCGCUGGCGAUAGAGGCCCUACACAAGCAGGUCCUCCCGUUCCUGCUGCGCCGCCUCAAGGAAGAGGUGCUGAACGACUUGCCCCCCAAGAUUCUGCAAAACUAUUACUGCGACCUGAGCGAUUUGCAGAAGAAGCUGUUUGAAGACUUUACUAGGAAACAGGGCAAGAAGCUACAGGCAGACGCCGGCCGCGAGGACAAGGAGGCUAAGCAGCACAUCUUCCAAGCUCUGCAGUACAUGCGUAAGCUCUGCAACUCGCCCGCGUUGGUCAUGAAGCCCGGCAACACCGUGUAUGACGAGACGCAGAAGAUUCUCCAGAAGCAGGGGACGUCUAUUGAGGACCCUUCUCACGCACCCAAGCUGACGGCGCUGCGGGAUCUCCUGCCCAUCAAGCCUCAUCGAGCACUCAUUUUCUGCCAGAUGAAGGAGAUGCUGGACAUGGUGCAAAACAAGGUGCUCAAGGACAUGCUUCCGUCGGUGUCGCAUCUCCGGCUCGAUGGGUCCGUGGAGGCAAACAAGCGACAAGACAUUGUCAACAAGUUCAACAGCGAUCCGUCGUACGACGUCUUGUUGCUCACCACGAGCGUCGGCGGGCUGGGCCUGAACCUGACUGGCGCGGACACGGUCAUCUUUGUGGAGCAUGAUUGGAAUCCGCAAAAGGACUUGCAGGCCAUGGACCGCGCACACCGAAUCGGGCAGAAGAAGGUUGUGAAUGUGUACCGACUCAUCACGCGCGGCACGCUCGAGGAGAAGAUCCUGAGCCUGCAGCGGUUCAAGAUUGAUGUGGCCUCGACCGUGGUCAACCAGCAGAACGCGGGUCUGUCGACGAUGGACACGGAUCAGAUCCUGGACCUGUUCAGCCUGGGCGACUCGGGACCGAGUCUGAUAUCGGACAAGCCGCGCAACGAGAUGGAAGGGAGGGAGGAGGACAUGGUUGACAUCGAGACUGGCGACGUGCUGCGACAGCCAGGCAAGAAGGCGUGGCUCGACGAUCUCGGGGAGUUGUGGGACAGCAAGCAGUACGAGGAGAGUUUCGACUUGGAGGACUUUAUGAAGACCAUGUCCUGA